GUACUAUAAAAAACCACAGAGACCUGAAACUAUCUUGCACCAACCUUCAGAAACAAAGCAAAGAGCACAAAACACAAAAAGCUCUGAUUCGAAAAUGACUCAAAAACCUCAUGCAGUACUCGUUCCAUAUCCUUCACAAGGCCAUGUAACUCCAAUGAUGAGGCUUGCCAAGCUCCUUCACUCCAGAGGCUUCCACAUCACCUUUGUCAACACCGAGUUCAACCACAAGCGUCUCAUCCGAUCCAAAGGCCCCGAAUCUGUCAAAGGAUUUUCGGAUUUUCAGUUCGAGACCAUACCAGACGGAUUGCCACCAUCCGACCAAAAUGCUACCCAAGAUAUACCUAUGUUAUGUGACUCGACGAGAAAAACAUGUUUGAAACCUUUUAAGGAGUUGCUUGGCAAGUUGAACUCGUCGCCUGAGCUGCCUCGAGUGAGUUGUGUGGUUUCUGACGGUGUUAUGUCAUUUGGGAUCAAAGCAGCGGAGGAAAUGGGCAUUCCGGCUGCUCAAUUUUGGACCGCUUCGGCUUGUGCUAUGAUCGGGUAUUUGCAUUAUCGUGAGUUCAUUAGCAGAGGCAUAUGUCCAUUCAAAGAUGACAAGUAUCUCACGGAUGGCACACUGGACAAAGAUGUCAACUGGAUAACGGGACUAAAAGAUGUGCGAUACAGAGACGUUCCAAGUUUCAUUAGAACCAGUGAUCCGGAUGAUAUAAUGUUUGAUUUCAUGGGUGAAGAAGCUCAAAAUAACUUGAAAGCCCCUGCCAUAAUUUUCAACACUUUCGAAUCAUUUGAAACUGAAGCACUGCAAGCACUGAUCUCCAAGUUCAAUUAUACCAACAUCUACCCAAUCGGGCCUCUUCCACUGCUAGGCCGUCAUGUACCCGAGAAAAGUCAGGUCAAUUCACUCAAUUCGAGUUUAUGGAAGCCAGACUCCAAGUGUCUCGAAUGGCUAGACGAGAAGGAAGACGACUCUGUUGUGUACAUAAAUUACGGAAGUGUGACAACAAUGACAAAAGAACAUUUUGUGGAAUUUGCAUGGGGACUUGCCAAUAGUAAGCGUUCAUUUUUAUGGAUCAUUCGAGAAGAUAUUGUGAUGGGAGAUUUGGAUUCAGCUGGCUUGCCCGCGGAGUUCUUAGAGGAGACUAAAGACAGGGGAAUGUUAGCAACAUGGUGCGCACAAGAUCAAGUCCUGGCACAUCCUGCUGUGGGUGCAUUUCUAACACAUUGUGGUUGGAAUUCGAUGAUGGAGACGAUCUGUGGUGGUGUGCCAGUUAUUUGCUGGCCAUUCUUUGCGGAUCAGCAAACAAAUUGUCGAUAUUCAUGCAAGGAGUGGGGAAUUGGGAUGGAUAUCAAUGACGAUGUGAAGCGGGAAGAGGUGGAGGUGGUCGUGAAGGAAAUGAUGGGCGAGAAAGGGAAGGGACUGAGGAAGAAGGCUAAAGAGUGGAAAAGAAUAGCAGAAGAAGCUACUGAUGUCGGGGGAUCAUCUUAUGUCAACUUUGAUAAGGUUAUAAGGGAGGCUUUGCAUUUUGAAGGUUCUGGUAUAUGAGAGAGUUUUAAGUUUAUAAUGUGAGUGUUGUGUGUUGCUCUUUCGUUUUUGUUUGCAGAAAUUUUACUACUUUGUUGUCUCAUGUCUCA